UCGUCCAUUCCACGAAAGAUCUACACCGGACAAGAGGCCGCCAGAAAGACUCCCGAGUUAAGAUCUACGCGUCCACAGACAAUUACCUAUCCAACAAAAUGAAGUACGUUUUUCUGUUGUGCCUUAUCUUUGGCAUCGUCAUGACACAGGGAGCCCCAGCCCCAGAGGCCGAGGAGAAGAAAGAAGACAAAGAGGACGACACCGGUGACUUCGAUGACGAUGUUGCAGAUGACGCCGACGACUCAGACGACGAAGACGACGAGGAUGACGGUGAGGAUAGCAGCGAAGGAGAUGAUAUGGAUGAAGAGAAGAGGGACGAAAUCCCUAAAGAGAAUGAUGAAGCCAAGGAGGACAACCCCGAUGCUCCUGAGAAGGAAGACGACAAGGUGAACGAUAAGGAAACUGAAGAAAAAGAUGCCGACAAGGAAGAAGAUAAGAAAGCUGAUGAAGAGGACAAGAAGAUCGAAAAGGAUGACAAGAAACAAGAAGAUGAUGAUGACGAAAUGGCUGAUGAUCUGGAUGAUGAGGAUGACGAGGAUGAUGAAGAUGAUGAAGACGAUGAAGAGGAUGAAGAUGAUGAAGAUGAUGGAGAUGAUGGAGAUGAAGGAGAUGACGGAGAUGAUGGUGAAGACAAGGAGGAUGAAGAAGACAGCGAGGACAGCAGCGAGGGAGGAAAGAAGGACGACGAGAAGAAAAAGGAAGUAAAGAAGGAGGAUGAGAAGCCAGAGAAGGUGGAAAAGAAGGAGGAUGCCACCAAGAAAGCCGACGAUGAUGACGAUGAUGACGAUGAUGACGACGACGAUGACGAUGAUGAUGAUGAUGACGAUGAAAAGAAAGCUGACAAGAAGCCAGUAGAAAAGACCGAAAAGAAAACAGCAGAUGCCCCAAAGGAGGAGAAGAAGAAGCAGUAAAAAGCUACAUUUGGAGCUUCUUCUAACUAGACAUACUUAACCAAUCCAACAGCUACACUGUCACAUCACACAACAAAAAACUUUGUCAACACUUGGCAAAAUACAGAUGACUGCGAGUACACAAAUAACUGUCACUUCAUUCAUUCAAGAAUGAUAUUUUAUAGAUGAACAGUAGUUUAAAAAAAUAGCCAUAACAUUGUUUAAAAGAACUUCAUCCGAUGAACAAAAUGUGCUGAAGAGAGGUUCAAUAACUGUAACGUGAUUCAAAAUUUGGAUCGACUUGCAGGGAGUAAUGUAUUCUUGAAUAAGAGGCGCUACAUAAUAAAGAGUUAUUUUUUUGAAUUGA